AUGCUGUAUCGUCUGUCCUCGGUCGUCGCCGCCGGCACUUUAAUGCUGCUCGGCUCCGUGGGCGGGGCCACGUGCGUGCCGCGCGCGCGCAGCUUCAUCUACGUGGUGCCCGACGGCUACGGGCCUGUGUCGCAGACCAUGGCGCGGGACUAUGAGAGCAUCACGACGGGCAAGAGCACACUGGGCCGGCCCAACUCGGCGCAGAUUGGCGUCGACAAGAUGCUUAUCGGUACAGUCCGCACGCAAGCCUCAGACAACAUCGUGACCGACUCGGCGGCGUCUGCUACGGCAUUUGCCUGCGGUAUCAAAACUUACAAUGGAGAUUUAGCGGUUGGUGUCGACGACGACGGCCACCCCGUUGCUUCUGUGCUGGAAGCGGCGCACCUCAGCGGCUUCAAGACGGGCCUGGUUGCGACGUCACGCAUCACGCACGCGACGCCGGCGGGCUACAGCUCGCACGUGCUGAACCGUGACUCGGAGAAUGAGAUUGCUGCGCAGCAGAUAGGUCACGCACACUCGUUUGGCGCGUACGUGGACCUAUUGCUCGGCGGCGGACGGCGGCAUUACCUGCCGAGCAAGGCCGGCGGGCUGCGCACCGACGGCGUGGACCUCGUGGCGUGGGCCAAGGGCGAGGGCUACAAUUAUGCGGCAGACCGGGCAGCCUUUGACGGUGCCGCCGUCGGUGGUAAGCUACCACUGCCAUUUCUCGGACUGUUUGCCGGCAGCCACAUGGCGUACGAGCUGGACCGCGAUGACCAAAAGGAGCCAUCGCUACUGGACAUGACCAAGGUGGCACUGGCGUCGCUCGAGGACGCCUCCAAAGGCGCGCAGCAGGGUUAUUUCGUCAUGAUUGAGGCGUCGCGGAUCGACCACGCAGGCCACUCCAACGACGCGCCGGGUCAUAUCCACGAUAUCCUCAUGUACAACAACGUCAUGACCUAUCUGCAAGAGUACGUCGCCGCACAUCCGGACACCCAGCUGCUAUCGGCCGCCGACCAUGAGUGCGGCGGACUGACGCUGCCCGGGCAGUGGGAUCCGCAGCCGCUCGCCGCGGCCACGCGCACCAGCGAGCACCUCGUCGGACUGCUCGCCGGAUACAAGGGUGACGACCAGCGCGGCUAUUUCCGGACGGAGCUGCUCCCACAGUAUGGGCUGGCGGGCGCGACGGACGGCGUGGUGGAUGGGCUGCUGGCCACGUAUAAGAAGAGCGGCAGCACCGCGCUGAUUGUGGCCAUGGGCAACGAGCUCUCGCGCAAGGCCGGCAUCAACUGGUCGACGACGGGCCACACGGGAGUCGACGUCAACCUGUAUGGUGCGGCAAAGGCGCAGGGCAGCAUGGCGGCGCUGAUUGGCGGCAAUAGGGAUAAUACGGAGCUCCCGCGGUACGUGGAAAAGGCGCUGGGCGUGAGCAUGACCAAUGCCACGGCACAGCUCAGGGCCACGGAGGCGGCCGGCAGAUGGAAGGUGCAGCGCAGGGAGGACCUAGCGGCGAUUAAGAGGGCAGCCAACCUGGCAGCGUGGAAUCAUAUGCCCUAG